GCGCUGCCGAGCGAGGUGACUGCAUUCCCGCGGGCUGAGACGGCUCAGCGCGCACUGCUUGGAGCAGGUAACCCGCCGCGGCCGCGCGGCGCCGCCUCAGCGCCGAGUGUGGCAGGGGCGCCCCUGGCCUGCGCGUGGAGCUCCAGCGGAGUGGGGAGCCGGCGGGCUCAGAUUAAUAUUAAAAUUGGAAGCUUACAUAUUUUGCUGGAUAUUGGAAAUUGAAUAUAAUGGCAACAGAGUUCAUAAAGAGUUGCUGUAGAGGAUGUUUCUAUGGUGAAACAGAGAAGCACGGCUUUUCCGUGGAAAAAGACUUUAAAACAGCAGUCUCAAAUAGCCAAAAUACAACUGUCUGUAUAGCUCCACUGACUUCUGUUUCUGUAAAGCCUCAGCUGGGCUGUACUGAAGAUUAUUUACUUUCCAAAUUACCGUCUGAUGGCAAAGAAGUACCAUUUGUGGUGCCCAGGUUUAAGUUAUCUUAUAUUCAGCCCAGUACACAAGGAACUCUUUCACAUCUGGAAGAACUUGAAGGAUCUGCCAGAGCAUCUUUUGGAGACCGAAAGGUAGAACUUUCCAGUUCUUCCCAUCAUGGAUCCAACUAUGAUGUAUAUAACCCAUUUUAUAUGUAUCAGCACAUUUCACCAGAUUUGAGUCGGCGCUUUCCUCCUUGUUCCGAAGAGAUGAGAUUAUAUGGAUCAGUCUGUGAUUUAAGGACCAACAAACUCCCUGGUUCUCCUGGGCUAAGCAAGUCUAUGCUUGAUCUUACAAGUUCUUCUCAGCGGUUCAUCCAGAGACAUGAUUCAUUGUCCAGUGUUCCCAGUAGUUCUUCGUCGAGGAAGAAUUCUCAGGGGAGUAACAGAAGCCUGGAUACUAUCACUCUGUCAGGAGAUGAAAGAGAUUUGGGGAGAUUGAAUGUGAAAGUGUUUUAUAAUUCUUCAGUAGAGCAGAUCUGGAUCACAGUUUUACAGUGCAGAGAUUUAAGUUGGCCCUCUAGCUGUGGAGACACUCCUACUAUUUCUGUGAAAGGGAUGCUAACAUUGCCCAAACCAGUGCAUUUCAAAUCUUCAGCCAAGGAGGGCUCCAAUAAUUUUGAAUUUAUGGAAACCUUCGUAUUUGCCAUUAAACUCCAAAGUCUACAAACUGCAAGGCUCAUAUUUAAGAUUCAAACGCAGACUCCCAGGAAGAAGACCAUUGGCGAAUGCUCUCUAUCACUCAGAACUCUUAGCACACAGGAAAUGGAUUACUCUUUGGAUAUAACACCACCUUCAAAAAUUUCUGUUUGCCAUGCAGAACUUGAACUGGGGACGUGUUUUCAAGCUGUCAACAGCAGGAUUCAGUUACAAAUUCUUGAGGCACAGUACCUUCCAAGCUCAUCAACACCUCUGACUUUAAGUUUUUUUGUGAAGGUGGCAAUGUUUAGCUCAGGAGAGUUGAUUUAUAAGAAGAAGACACGCUUGCUGAAGGCCUCCAAUGGAAGAGUAAAGUGGGGAGAGACUAUGAUUUUUCCACUUAUACAGAAUGAAACAGACAUUAUUUUUCUCAUUAAGCUUUAUAGUCGAAGCUCUGUAAGAAGAAGGCACUUUGUGGGGCAGAUCUGGAUAAGUGAAGACAGCAGUAAUAUUGAAGCAGUGAACCAGUGGAGAGAGACAGUUACAAAUCCAGAAAAGGUUGUGAUCCAGUGGCACAAACUAAAUCCAUCUUGAAGAUUUCACAUAUUAAUUUGCUGAAGAACUUGACAUUCUUUUAGAAGACUUAGGAUUUUUAAUUUGCUACCAGUGAGAAGAGACAAAUCAGUAGAUAUGUCAACUCAUUUGUGGACAUCAUAAUUCUAAGUAUAUGACAGAUCUGAUAGAAAUUAAACUUGAUAUGAAUUAUGUCAGAUAUCCAAAAUAAAAAAAAAUGUUUUAAAACUGUGCCAAAAUAGUCAAUGAAACAAAAGGGUAGUAUUACUAGGGCAAUUAAAUAAAUUAUAAAAUCAGUGAGAAUAUCAACUGUGGAUAAUUAUUGCCACAUUAUGUUUAUGGGGUUUUUUAAAGCUUUACCUAGCUAUUCAAAAUCUAGUACUGUUAGACAUUUAGAAAACUUUAACACUGACUAUUUCAGUGCUAGUCGUCAUUGAUUGUAUCUUGACUUCAAUGUUUAUGUCUCGCUACAUAUUUUCUCAGAAAGCAAAAAUGAAUUGAACUACUUCAACUUCAAUAUUUGGGGAAAAUUUAUGCCCUGUGUUUAUCAUUUCUUACCCAUAAGGUAGCAUACUUUGUAAGCUAUUGAUCUCCAAGAAACCUCAGAUAUAGAAAACUACAUUUUGGCAAGAAUAAUGAAAACACCAGAGAUUGAAGUUUAAUUGGAAAUUCAGUAUCACACAUUUUGCUAUGUGUUUUUCCUCCCUCAAAUAUUUUACUCGUGGUUUUAUUUGAAGUUGAAAUAAGAUUAUCAUGUAUAUGGCCCAUCCUAAUGAGCAGAAUUAAAUGAGCUUACGUAGCAAAUUUGAUAUUUUGUGAUAAUCACUUCCUUGUUUUUAGUUUUUUAAAAUAUAGAUUACUUGUUCUGUAAUUCACAAUGUUAGAGUAUUUUCCUAUUUAAAAAAAUCACCAUACCUGAUCAAACUUUGUAGCAAAUAAACAUGUCCUAUUGCAGUUUCUCUCAGGUACUCGGUAGAACUCAGUGUGUGGGGAUAAUUGCAGUUUAGUUGGCCAUACAAGCUAUGGCCAUCAAGAACAGCUGUUUGAAGAAAUAAAUAAGACCAUCCUUGAUCUUGGAAAAUUUGACUUUAUUUUUGCUAGUGAAUAGACCGAGUACUCUGUAUUCAUGGUCUUCCAUUUUUAUUUCUCUCUUAGCUUAUCUCAUACAUGCCAAGAAAUAGAUGGUGAUAUUUUAGGCCAGAAGUGUACUUUGCUAUAUCGUAAGCAUGCCCUCUUCAUUCUGGUUAUAUUCUGUGUAUCUUAUAAAGAUUUUCCCAAAUAUACACCGAAUCCCCCUUUUCCUAGGUAUUACCUCCUCAAGCUAUACGGGCCCUUUGCUUUUACUACCUAGCAUUAUGGUACACUGGUGGUGGUGACAGUUACUGUCUGCAUUUUGAAAUAAAUUUUUUUUUUUUGAUUUGUGAAAAAAUGGGAUAUUGAUCAGUACUCACAUGGCCUUUUAAAAGAAAUCACCCUGUGGGGGGUAGUCUUUUGAAUCUUUGAGACAACUGGCAACUAUUUAAAAAAAUUUUUUUAAUAGACUUUAAUUUUUAGAGCACUUUUAGGUUCACAGCCAAAUUGAGUGGAAGGUACAGAAAAUUCCCGUGUAACUCCUGCCCCAAAUAGGUACAGCCUGCCCCGUGUCAGCGUCUCACACCAGAGCGGUAUGUUUGUUCAGAUCAAUGAACCUACGUUGACGCAUUAUCACUCAAAGUCCAUAGUUUAUAUAAGGGUCACUCUUGGCAUUGUACAGUCUAUGAAUUUGGACAAAUGCAUAAUGACAUGUAUUCACCAGUAUAGUAUCAUACACAGUAGUUUCACUGCCCUAAAAAUCCUCUGCAAAUGCAACUAUUUUGAUAGGCACACAACGAAGAGUAUUAGCUUUUAGAUAAUAAAUAGCAGACUAUUGUUUUAAGAAAUCUAGAAUUUUAUUUGGGCAGUUUUUAUGUUCUAUUAAUGCUUUCAAUUCCUACAUUUAUGAUAUGUAGUCAUGUGUUUAAUUCAGUUUUUAAGUAUUUAAUUUUUAAUAUUUUUCCAAUAUGUGUAUAAUGUAUCAUUUGAGGGAAACCUAUGACUUCAUGGUUUCUUGUAUGUUUUAGA